CCUAAUCCGUAUACAUUUCCCAAUUCGGAAUACAUCCCUAUUCACACCUCAUGCUAUCUCAAACAUGAUCCUUCAACUUUAUGAAGGAUUACACCGCUACAUACCUAUACCCUGAUAAUAGCAAUGGAGUGAUGAAUGCAGGGGAUAUAAACCCCCCUUUGCCUCCCACCUCUACCCAUCUACAAACCAACCAACAAACCAAGCCAGCCCUACCAAGCAAUCAACCAAGAUGGUCCGCCUCUCCAUCUCCACCCCCAUCCUCCUCCUCCUCGGCGCCAUCGCCGCCCAAGCAUGCACCUACUGCCAAUGUGAAUUCUCUGAUUCGAGCCAUUGCUGCGUGUACUCGGACGCCAGCGUCGGUGAACUCGACUGCGCUAGUGUCUGCGCCAAGGCUCAUCGCGCCGACGGAGUCAGUAAUGCGGAUGGAACGGCGGGGACGGCGUGCAAUGCUGGGGGGAAAUAUAAAUGUGCGAGUGCGUUGACGGCGCAGGAUCGGACGCCUUGUUAUACGGAGUAGAGGAGAUUGGAUGGAUUGGUAGGGGGGUGUUAUGGUGGUG